AUUGAGUAACGAAGAACUGGGCGCAGAACUGCAAGUGCUUCCUGAUUAACUAUAUAUAUGUAUGAGUAAAUCUAUUUAUUUUCGAUAUCCCCGACAAUGAAGAUAACUAUUAGCACACUUAGCGAUAAGAUUUUCUGUCUUGAUGUUUCUGAAGACCUCGAAUUGGAGGAUUUUAAGGCGUUCUGCGAAGUUGAAUCCCUUAUGAGGAACGAACAGAUGCUCGUUGUUUUCAAUGGUGAACCAUUACUUGGCAAUAAAAAACCUCUGAAAUUCUUUGGUAUUAAAGAUGGCGAUUGCGUUAUGUUAGGGCAGGUUCAACUUGAACGGCCACCUUCCAUCGAUGCGACUGACAGAGGAGCCAUUCAAAAUGUGGAAGCGGGGCUCUCAGGUAAUCUGGAUACAUUUAAAACUGUUUUACACGAUCAAGCUAACACAUGUAGAGGACAGAAUGUCCAACAUAUGCAAUUGGUGCGGGCCGAUCCCUUCGAUAAGGAAGGGCAGCGCCUAAUUGAGGAAGACAUAAAGCAGAAAAAUAUCGAAGAAAAUAUGGCCGCCGCUCUAGAAUACAAUCCUGAGAUAUUUUGUAACGUAAUAAUGCUUUAUGUUAAUUGCAAAGUGAAUGGUUUCCCGGUUAAAGCAUUUGUAGACUCAGGAGCUCAGACCACAAUUAUGAGUUCGACAUGUGCAAAGCGUUGCAAUGUAACGCAUUUAAUUGAUACCAGAUGGAAUGGCGUGGCCAAAGGCGUAGGCACUCAGCGUAUAAUCGGACGCAUUCAUAUGGUGCAGCUACAAAUUGAAAACGAUUAUUUAGCGUCGAGUUUUUCAGUGCUCGAACAACAGCCUAUGGAUGUACUAUUGGGUCUCGAUAUGCUCAAAAGACACCAGUGUAAUAUUGAUUUGCAACGCGUUGUUUUACGCAUUGGCACGACCGGUACCGAAUCACUAUUUCUGUGUGAAAAUGAAUUGCCCGACUUCGCUCGUUUCAACAAUAGUUCCGAAGAUCAAUUAAGGGCCUUGGAGAUAUCAACACAAGACGCUGAAGCGCACGCCGUACAAAAAGCAAGAGAACAAACCAAUAAACUGCAUAAAUCUGGAAAUGCGAUACCCGAUCGGGGUAGUUUCAGUGAAAGCGACGUCACCGAUCUUGUACGUAUGGGUUAUAAGCGCGAUAUUGUUAUAACCGAACUGCGUCAACAUAAUGGCAACAAGAACAAAGCUACAGCAGCCCUUUUGACAAAAUCAUUGAAAUUUUAA